ACAUUUGGCUAGAAAUCAGUUCGUGGGCCAGCAGCAGCAGCGAAGAUCGAACAGAAGAAACCCGGAAGGUUGGCCUUUCGGUGGAAGCCAGAAAAGAGGUUAUUUAGCCCACUAGCGGGCCGGGCGAUCGGUUUUUCGUGUAGUGCAGUAUAACUGCGUUGCUAAGAAACGAUUACUACAUCAGGUAACGAAACGGUUAUAAGUGUUCGCGGUUUCGCUGUGAUGUCGUGUCGGUGCAUCAUCGCCGUCGUCAGGUGGUAGAAGGAAAAGUCGCUGGCGUUUGUUAGUGCAUCGGACGGAGAUUGAAAAAGUGCUACGUGGUGCGUGGUGUCAAGGAAAGGUCCCGUUUUUUUGGGCAAAUCUCCGCAGCUGGCCUGUGACAGCAAUACUUUUUUCGACGUCGAUCGACACACCAUCGGAAACGGAAAAAAACACAUCCAGCCGAAGAGCGUAGGCUUUGUGUUGGUGUACGCGCGUUCUAACGUCUGGACAUACGAACACACAACACGAAACAUGACAACGAGACACUGUUCUGUCACCGCCGGCAAGAUGGGAAAGCUGAAGCUGGCGGAAGCGAUUACUAUCGUCGUUAUCUUCGCCGGUUGCUUUUCCGAUGCGUUCUAUCUGCCGGGACUGGCCCCGGUGAACUACUGUAAAAAGUCCGAGAUGCAAAAAUCGUGCAAGUCGGAAGUUACACUGUACGUGAACCGACUCAACACAGAAGAAUCGGUUAUCCCGUACGAGUAUCAUCACUUCGACUUUUGUCCGAUCGAUGAGAGCAAUUCGCCGGUCGAGAAUCUUGGCCAGGUUGUGUUCGGUGAACGUAUUCGGCCGGGGCCGUACAAGAUCCAGUUUCUGGAGGAUGUGAAGUGUGCGAAGGCCUGCGUCAAGCACUACAAGGGAGGUGAUGGCGACAGUGAUCAUCGGUUGAUGGUGCUGAAGAAGGGAAUGAGCUUGAACUAUCAACAUCACUGGAUCGUGGACAAUAUGCCCGUGACGUGGUGCUAUCCGUUGGAAAACGAGCGCCAGUUCUGCAGCACCGGCUUUCCCAUGGGGUGCCUGGUUCGACGCCAUCCGGAUGGUGAGGAUGGUUGCAUGGCGAACCCGAACUAUAACCGAGCUGGGUACUACUACCCGUUCAACCAUGUCGAUCUGACGGUCACAUACCAUAGCGGGGCCACCGAGGAGUGGGGCGUUGCGUUCAAACAGAACGGUGGCCGAAUUAUCUCUGUGAAGGUGGUUCCGUCGUCGAUUAACCACAAGGAUGGUGCCGAGCUGAACUGUGACAGCAAAGAACCGAUCGAGAUUCAGUCGAGCGCUCUUCCGGCGGGCAAAUCACUUGAUAUCGUCUACACGUACUCGGUGCACUUUACACAGAACAACAAGAUAAAAUGGUCGUCUCGGUGGGACUACAUUCUCGAGUCGAUGCCGCACACCAACAUCCAGUGGUUCAGCAUCCUGAACUCGCUCGUGAUCGUACUCUUUCUGUCCGGCAUGGUGGCCAUGAUUAUGCUACGCACGCUGCACAAAGACAUCGCACGCUACAACCAGAUGGACUCGGGUGAGGACGCGCAGGAAGAGUUUGGCUGGAAGCUGGUGCACGGCGAUGUGUUCCGACCGCCCCGCAAGGGUAUGCUGCUGUCGGUGUUUCUCGGUUCCGGUAUUCAGGUGUUCUGUAUGACGCUCGUGACGCUGGCUUUCGCGUGUCUCGGUUUCUUGUCGCCCGCUAACCGUGGCGCGCUGAUGACGUGUGCGAUGGUACUUUUCGUGCUGCUUGGAACCCCGGCCGGCUAUGUGUCCGCUCGCAUCUAUAAGAGCUUCGGUGGCAUCAAGUGGAAAAGCAACGUGCUACUCACGUCGAUGCUGUGCCCAGGUGUCGUAUUUGGGCUUUUCUUCGUGAUGAAUCUGAUACUUUGGAGCAAGGGAAGCUCGGGAGCGGUUCCCUUCUCGACGCUGAUUGCGCUGUUGGCGCUCUGGUUCGGUGUGUCGGUCCCACUGACUUUCGUUGGGGCAUACUUCGGUUUCCGGAAACGGUCUCUCGAGCAUCCGGUACGAACGAAUCAAAUACCACGCCAGAUUCCGGACCAAUCGAUCUACACGCAACCGGUGCCGGGCAUUAUCAUGGGUGGAGUGCUGCCGUUUGGUUGCAUCUUUAUCCAGCUGUUCUUCAUUUUGAACUCGCUCUGGUCCAGCCAGAUGUAUUACAUGUUCGGAUUCCUGUUUCUGGUGUUUCUCAUCCUCGUCAUCACGUGCUCCGAGACCACCAUCCUGCUGUGUUACUUCCAUCUGUGCGCCGAAGACUACCACUGGUGGUGGCGCUCCUUCCUAACGUCCGGCUUCACGGCCGUCUACCUGUUUGUGUACUGUUGCCACUACUUUGCGACCAAGCUUCAGAUCGAGGAUGCAGCUUCCACUUUCCUGUACUUUGGUUACACGAUGAUUAUGGUAUUUCUGUUCUUCUUACUGACCGGUUCGAUAGGAUUCUUUGCCUGUUUCUGGUUCAUCCGUAAAAUUUACAGCGUAGUGAAGGUAGACUAAACCUCUGGCGCGCAGAUACGGAUGUGCGCAAUGACACUCUAUUCUCGUGUCACUUUUAAGUAACUCUUCUUUAGUUAACCUUAAGCCGAUUCGAUUUUUACGUGGGGUCGCAAAUGAUCUUUUCAACUGUGUUUGAUUUCAAUUCACGCACGACACGACACAAAACAUUACACUAACCGAAACUUUCGGACGACGCGAAAGUUUCGUUGUUAGUGAGUCACGCUUAUCGUGCACGAGCAGAAUAGGCAACAACGACAAUACAAUUGUUCCGAUCGGAUGACCGAGCUGAUCGGUUCCGAAUUUUGUUCACCGUCACUUCGUCUAUGGUGGGUUGGCUUAAUUCGAUAAAGAAAGGCUACACAUGUUUUGUUUAUGUAUUUCUUCAAAGCGAAUGAGAAACGUCCACCAUACGGAUUUGAAGAAAGACGAAAUGACAGUUUGAUUGAAAGAUUCCUGUGUUUGCUUUCGAUGCGAUUUCUUACUAGAACUGCUCAGAGAGUUUCUGUGAAGAACACAAAUUCCGACUCGGUGUUGACCGCUUUUCCAAACCUUUAUUAUAAUUAUCGUCUGUAAAGAAAUCGGUGUACUGUUAGCCAAGGUGUGUCAAGCACAGAAUAUGAAACAUGGCGAACCUUGCAAUCCUUGCAUUGGCGUGACGGUGUUUUGGCUUAUUUCAUGCCCCAAACUUAUCCUCUUUUAAUACACUCCACAAAACCCAACUGAGCACGGAUCACGUGUAAUGUCAUCGCACACGUACAAGCACACACACACACACACAUUUGCAAGAAGCAGCUGGUGUGUUUUCUCCAAAAAUUAGAUUAGUGGUAGCACGAUGACGCCUCCAGUGAGAGAGGGUGAUGAAAAUGAGUAUUAGAAAAUAGAGUGAAUGGAGUCCAUAAGCACCAGGGCGAGAUAAAGUGGGUAGAACAGAAGCCAGUUUUUUUGCAUUAUUGCGUUCUUUCGGAGAAUAAAAUUUUUGAUGACCUUGCACCGUUGUGUGUGUGCAUGAGCGCGAUCCCGACAAGAUUUCUUCUCGGUCGCACAACAUCGUGGGUGUACCCCUGUGUCUCCUUGUAUAAAUUAUUGAUUAGACUUAUGUUUCUUCUUGCACCCUGCCCCCCAAGCACUCUCGCGACUCGUUGAAAUAUCGGGAUAAAAACAAGUUUUGAAUUCAAAAGUCAAAACCAUCCCUAAACGGUUGCGACGGGUGGUGCUUAAAUCGUUAACCGGAAGGGAACUAAACAUCGAAUGGUGUAGACGGGAGGACGAUGUGAUUAACAGGUUAACUUAAUACCGAAGGGCACUGUAACAGAGGGCAUAAUUAAUAUUAUUAUUAUUACAUAAUGGUAAC